CUGCCAUGCCAAACGAAGGUGUAAUCAGGUGUUUUGACUUUUUUUGCCAACACCCCAAACGGGGCCUUAACCGAGAGUGAUAAAUGUAUUCAGACUAGCCGCCUCUCUACCCGGGCCGGGGGUAUCGGAACCGAUUUCAGAACAAACUAGCCAAAUAUAGCGGGAGCGAGUUGAAUUACAUACACAGCUUGUCCUUGUUAAAUAUUUUUUGUAUUCAUUCUCUCUCUCUCUCUCUGAAUCUCUCAACUUUCUCUCUCUAGGGUUUCUGCACUCCGGACCCUAGUUUCCAUGCACCUGGUAUUGUAGAUCGAGUAUUCAAAGAGGGGCGUCAAUGGCUGAACUAGGGCAACAAACGGUCCAGUUCUCCACCUUGGUGAGUCGUGCCGCCGAUGAAUCUUACAUCUCUCUCAAGGAAUUGGUCGAGAAAUCGAGGUCCUCCGAACAGUCCGAUUCCGAGAAGAAGAUUAACCUCCUCAAGUUCCUCGUCAAGACUCAGCAACGGAUGCUCCGACUCAAUGUUCUUGCCAAGUGGUGUCAGCAGGUUCCUUUAAUACAGUAUUGUCAACAACUAGCAUCAACUGUAUCAAAUCAUGAUAUGUGUUUCACCCAAACGGCAGAUUCCCUUUUUUUCAUGCAUGAAGGCCUACAGCAAGCUCGCGCUCCUAUCUACGAUGUUCCCUCUGCUAUCGAAGUCCUCCUUACAGGAAAUUACCAGCGUUUACCAAAAUGUGUAGAAGAUGUAGGUAUUCAGAGCACAUUAACAGAAGAUCAGCAGAAGCCAGCUUUGAAGAAGUUAGACACACUUGUACGGUCAAAGUUGCUUGAAGUUACUCUUCCUAAAGAAUUUUCUGAAGUCAAAGUUUCUGAUGGUACUGCAAUGCUUCGUGUGGAUGGGGAAUUUAAAGUUUUAGUUACUCUUGGUUAUCGUGGGCAUCUAUCAAUGUGGAGGAUAUUGCAUUUGGAGCUGCUUGUUGGUGAGAGAAGUGGGCUUGUGAAGCUGGAAGAAUCGCGAAGGCAUGCUCUUGGAGAUGAUUUAGAGCGGAGAAUGGCAGCUGCGGAAAAUCCAUUUAUAACUUUAUACUCUGUUCUCCACGAGCUUUGUGUUGCGCUUGUUAUGGACACUGUCAUAAGACAAGUGCAUUCUCUUCGCCAAGGCAGAUGGAAAGAUGCUAUCCGGUUUGAGCUUGUAUCUGAUGGUAGCACAGGACAAGGUGGGAGUGCAGCUUCCAUGCAAAUGAGUCAAGAAGGGGAAACUGAUUCGGCUGGUCAAAGAACUCCUGGAUUAAAAAUUUUAUAUUGGUUAGAUUUGGAUAAGACUUCUGGUACAUCUGACUCAGGGUCAUGCCCAUUUAUAAAAAUUGAACCAGGACCAGAUAUGCAGAUAAAAUGUCUUCAUGGUUCAUUUGUUAUAGAUCCUCUAACUGGUAAGGAGGCAGAAUUUUUUCUUGACCAGAGUCGCAUUGAUGUUGAGAAGUUGCUGCUAAGAGCUAUAUGUUGCAAUAGAUAUACUCGUUUGCUUGAAAUUUAUAAAGAGCUGGUGAAAAAUGGUCAGAUCUAUAGAGCUACAGGUGAUGUUAUUCUUCAGUGCCACGCAGAUGAACCUGAUGCUGACUAUAAAAAGCUUCAGAAGGAUAGCAAAUGUAGUGCCAGGCAAUGUGAAGGGCAGGAAGUACUACGUGUUCGUGCUUAUGGCUCAUCAUUUUUCACCCUUGGCAUGAAUAUAAGGAAUGGGCGUUUUCUUCUCCAGUCAUCGAAGAAUAUUCUGUCCCCUUCGGCAUUGGUAGAAUAUGAAGAAGCUCUAAACCAGAGUAGUAUGACCGCUGCUGAAGUUUUUAUAAGCUUGAGAAGCAAAAGUAUUUUGCACUUAUUUGCAUGUAUUGGCAGGUUUAUAGGCCUGGAGGUUAAUGAACAUGGUUUUGCUGCAGUGAAAGUGCCCAAGAACAUUUUGAAUGGUCCAAGUUCAUUGUUAAUGAGCUUUCCAGACUGUGGCAGCUCAUAUUUUUUGCUAAUGCAACUUGAUAAAGAUUUUAAACCCCUUUUUAAAUUGCUUGAGACUCAGCCCGAUCCAUCAGGAAAAACUCAUUCUUUUGGUGACUUAAAUAAUGUCACCCGUGUAAAAAAUGUAGACAUUGAUCAGAUUCAGAUGAUUGAAGAUGUACUUAAUUUGAGCCUUAUUGAUUGUGGAAAACUACUUUCACUUUCACCCAAUGCUAUGGGUGCUAAUCAGACUUCUGAACAUGGUCUUCUCUCUGAGCUCAACGUCGAUGGUUCUAUGCUUGGUUCUGGAAAUCUGCUAUCAAGUUUCUCUUCUAUUGUUGAUGAAGUGUUUGAGCUUGAGAGAGGGUCAUCUGCACCUUCUUUUUCUAGUCAGAGUCUCUCUUCAUCAUUUAAUGCAUCUGCUGCAGCGCAUUAUGGCUCUGUUCCAAUGAAUUUUCAGAGUAUGAAAGUUGGAACCUCCUCACCUAAGUGGGAGGGAGGAACACAGAUAGCACAGAUCAAUAAUGCUCCUAAAGUUUCUGGUGGAUCUCCCCAUUAUAAUAAUGGCUCUAUUUAUUCAACAAGCAAUUUGAAGGGCAUCAUGCAGUCUAGCUCUGUGAGUUCACCAUCUUCUGGUUUAGGAAGGAGCACAACUUUGAAGAAACUGUCUGCUUCAAAAUCUGACCAGGAUUUGGCUUCUCUUAGAUCUCCACAUUCUGCUGAUUCUUGUGCCACAGUGGAUUUGGCUUCCCCACCAAGACUGACUGGCCCCCGAGUUUCUGCACCAAAUGUAAAACCUAACGGGCCUAGAACCUCGGCAAUUGGAUCUUUUAAAGUUUCUGGAUCUAGCCCUUGGGCUACAACUACCAUAUCUGAAGCACCAGAUUUUGCAGUUGGUCCUAGCUCAAAUCUUGAUGCUGUUACUAGACAUGAUAAAAGAUCAAGAAAGCGUACAGUUUCAGAUAUGUUGAAUUUGAUUCCAUCACUUCAAUGUUUAGAGCACCAGUCAGGAUUUAGUAAGAGAAGAAAAAUCAUGGAUUCAGGAUUCAAUCAUCAGACUUCACCACAGGCACUCAUUUCAUCGGAGAUGAUUGGCAAAACUGAAGGUUACAGUUAUGCAAGUCUAAUUGCUGAAGCAAAUAAAGGAAAUGCACCCUCUAGCAUAUAUUUUUCAGCUCUUCUUCAUGUGGUCAGGCACUGCUCACUUUGUAUCAAGCAUGCUCGACUAUCUAGCCAGAUGGAUGCACUUGACAUUCCAUAUGUUGAAGAAGUGGGUCUAAGAAAUGCAUCCUCAAAUUUAUGGUUCCGACUCCCAUUUGCGAGAGGCGAUACAUGGCAACACAUAUGUCUGCGACUUGGUCGACCUGGAAGCAUGUAUUGGGAUGUCAAAAUAAAUGACCAGCACUUCAGGGACUUGUGGGAACUUCAGAAGGGAAGCAAUAGUACUCCAUGGGGUUCUGGUGUUCGUAUUGCCAAUACGUCUGAUGUAGAUUCUCAUAUCCGUUAUGAUCCGGAAGGUGUUGUUUUGAGUUAUCAAUCUGUGGAGGCAGAUAGCAUCAAGAAGUUAGUGGCAGAUAUCCAAAGGCUCUCCAAUGCUAGAAUGUUUGCACUUGGAAUGCGAAAACUGCUUGGAGUAAGACCAGAUGAGAAACUAGAAGAAGGCAGUGCAAACUCCGAUGGUAAAGCGGCAGCUGGAGCAAAAAAUGCUCUAGAGGCAUCUGACAAAUUUUCGGAACAGAUGAGGAGGGCUUUUCGCAUUGAGGCAGUUGGGCUCAUGAGUUUGUGGUUUAGUUUUGGUUCGGGGGUACUUGCUCGCUUUGUUGUCGAGUGGGAGUCUGGUAAAGAGGGAUGCACGAUGCAUGUUUCUCCCGACCAGCUUUGGCCUCAUACCAAGUUUCUAGAAGACUUUAUAAAUGGUGCUGAAGUUGCAUCUCUUCUGGAUUGCAUUCGCCUCACUGCUGGACCCUUGCAUGCCCUUGCAGCAGCAACACGCCCUGCACGGGCUGGUCCUGCUUCUGGGGUCCCUGGUGUUACAGCGCACAUCUCUUCUAUUUCAAAACAGAGUGGGUACCUACAACCCCAGGGACACUUGCAAAUUAGUUCAACCACAAAUGCUAGUCAGGUGACAUCUGGCCCUGGAGGGAAUCCCGUUACCUCCACCAAUGCCGGCUCUCUUGGGAAUCACAGCCUUCACGGGGCUGCGAUGCUUGCUGCUGCUGGGCGAGGUGGCCCCGGCAUUGUUCCUAGCUCACUGUUGCCCAUAGAUGUCUCUGUUGUCCUUCGUGGGCCCUACUGGAUUCGGAUAAUAUAUCGUAAAUUCUUUGCAGUCGACAUGCGCUGCUUUGCUGGAGAUCAGGUUUGGUUGCAACCAGCAACACCCCCAAAAGGUGGCCCCUCAGUUGGAGGAUCAUUACCAUGCCCACAGUUUCGUCCUUUCAUUAUGGAGCACGUGGCUCAGGAAUUGAACGGUUUGGAGCCUAAUUUUACUGGUGGUCAACAGACAGUUGGGAUGGCAAAUGCAAACGGUCCAAAUCCAAGUUCGGUUUCACAGUUGUCUACUUCCGGUGGAAACAGAGUCAACCUCUCAAAUCCUGGUGGAAUGGCCAGGUCAGGAAAUCAAGUUACUGGUCUCAACCGUAUGGGUAACGCUCUUUCAGCAUCCCCAAAUUUACCAGUUGUAAGUGCGGGCUUGCCUAUACGUAGAUCACCUGGUGCAGGUGUCCCUGCUCAUGUGAGAGGGGAACUGAAUACAGCAAUUAUUGGACUUGGGGAUGAUGGAGGUUAUGGUGGUGGAUGGGUUCCACUUGUUGCACUUAAGAAAGUUCUUAGAGGUAUUCUCAAGUACCUUGGAGUGCUAUGGUUAUUCGCACAGUUACCUGAUCUUUUGAAAGACAUCCUAGGGUCAAUUUUAAAGGACAAUGAAGGUGCACUGUUAAACUUAGACCAGGAGCAGCCAGCCUUGCGCUUCUUUGUAGGGGGUUAUGUAUUUGCUGUAAGUGUGCACAGGGUUCAACUUCUUCUCCAAGUCCUUAGCGUGAAACGCUUUCAUCAUUCACAGCAGCAACAGCAGCAGCAAAACGCAGCCACUGCUCAAGAGGAGCUAACACAAUCUGAAAUAGGCGAGAUAUGUGACUAUUUCAGCCGACGUGUUGCAUCAGAACCCUAUGACGCUUCACGGGUUGCAUCAUUUAUUACUCUUCUUACUUUACCAAUUUCAGUUUUAAGAGAAUUCUUGAAACUUAUAGCGUGGAAAAAAGGAUUAGCUCAGGCGCAAGGUGGAGAUACCGCCCCUGCACAAAAACCUCGUAUUGAAUUAUGUCUUGAAAAUCAUGCCGGAUUGAAUGCAGAUGGAAACUCUGAUAAUUCAUCUGCGUCAAAAAGCAAUAUUCAUUAUGACCGACCCCAUAACUGUGUCGAUUUUGCACUGACUGUGGUUCUUGAUUCUAGUCACAUACCUUCCAUAAAUGCUGCCGGUGGUGCUGCUUGGUUGCCCUACUGUGUUUCGGUGAGAUUGAGAUAUUCAUUCUGUGAAAACCCUAACGUCUCAUUUCUCGGAAUGGAAGGAAGCCACGGGGGCCGAGCCUGCUGGUUGCAGCUCGAUGACUGGGAGAAAUGUAAACAGAGGGUGGCUAGAACCGUGGAAGUGAAUGGAGGUUCGGCUGGCGAUGUUAGUCAAGGGAGGUUGAGAUUGGUUGCAGACAGUGCACAGAGAACAUUGAAUAUGUGCCUUGUAGGCUUAAGGGAUGGCAGUGGGGUUACCACAAGUUCUGGAGCAACGUGAUAAGAGAAAAUUACAGCGGUGAAAAUGAUAAGGGAAACCAAAUUUAAGAACUGCCAAAUUUGAGAAACCGUCUGCAAACAAUGCUGCUAGCUUGGUGGUUUGCAAGGGAGUUGACAAUGUACCGGUGGCCUUUUUUUGAUUUUCUAAUAUAUAUAGUUGGCUGACCUAGAUUUUGGGAAACAGGGUGUAGAAUAAUGUUUUUGAUGGGGAGCAGGAAGGGUGUUUUGUGUUUGUUAAAUUAGAGUCAGGGACGGUGGGUUUUUCUUGUACAGGUCACCCUACUGAUUGUUCUCAAUGUGAUUGUACAAAAUUUAUUUAGCUGCUUGGAGUUGUUGUACAACCCCCUCUGGACACUUAACAAAAUAUGCCAAAAACUCUAGUUUACAACUUUGUAGUUUGUACCUUUUAUUUUUGGAUUCUGAUGUAAAUUACUUCAAUCAUAUGUCAAGGAAAAUAUUACUUGGAUUUUGUAGGUAAAUAGUUUAUUAGUGGAAUGUACUGGGAUUACCGGUUGUUUUGGUCA